GACUUUGCUAACCAAAUUCUGCCUCCACAGUAUAAAUACAAGGAAGCUUACGAGAAGGCAAAGGGAAAGCAUGUGGGUUUUAGAAGCCUCCAGGAUGAUCCUAAGCUCGUCCACUAUACGAAUGUGGCAAAGUUACAGUCUGAUCGUGAAUACAAGAAGAACUAUGAAAACACCAAAACCAGCUAUCAUACCCCUGGGGACAUGGUUAGCAUUACAGCUGCAAAGAUGGCCCAGGAUGUUGCCACCAACGUCAACUACAAGCAGCCGAUACAUCACUACACAUACCUACCUGAUGCCCUGAGUCUUGAGCAUACCAGGAAUAUGAAUCAAAUUCAGAGUGAUAAUGUAUAUAAAGAUGAGUACAACAACUUCUUCAAGGGCAUUGGAUGGAUCCCUCUUGGUUCUCUGGAGGUUGAGAAGGCCAAGAAGGCAGGCAAUGCAUUAAAUGAGAGAAAGUACCGACAGCACCCAGAUACCAUCAAGUUCACAAGUGUGCCUGAUUCCAUGGGCAUGGUUUUGGCUCAGCACAACACAAAGCAGCUAAGUGAUUUGAACUACAAGGUGGAGGGAGAGAAACUGAAGCACAAGUACACUAUGGACCCUGAUGUACCGCAGUUUAUUCAAGCCAAGGUCAAUGCCUUCAACAUAAGUGAUGCUAAGUAUAAAGCAGAUUGGAAGAAAACCCUUGCUAAGGGCUAUGACUUGAGACCAGAUGCCAUUCCAAUUGUUGCUGCAAAAAGUUCAAGGAAUAUUGCUAGCAAUUUCAAAUAUAAGGAGGCCUACGAGAAAGCCAAAGGCAAACAAAUUGGAUUUCUCAGUCUUCAGGAUGAUCCUAAACUGGUUCACUACAUGAAUGUAGCCAAAAUACAGUCAGAUCGUGAGUACAAAAAGGGCUAUGAAGCCAGCAAGACCAAGUAUCACACCCCCUUGGAUAUGUUCAGUGUGACAGCAGCCAAGAAAUCUCAGGAGGUUGCCACCAACACCAACUACAGACAACCCUUCCACCACUACACCCUGCUGCCUGAUGCCUUGAACGUGGAGCAUUCCAGGAACGCGAUGCAGAUUCAAAGUGACAAUGUGUACAAGGCAGAUCUCCAAUGGCUGAGAGGCAUCGGCUGGGUUCCCAUUGGCUCUUUGGAUGUGGAACAAUGCAAAAGGGCAGCUGAAAUUCUGAGUGAUAAAAUCUAUCGCCAGCCUCCAGACAAAUUCAGGUUUACCAGUGUGACUGAUUCUCUGGAACAAGUGUUGGCCAAGAACAACGCCAUCACUAUGAACAAGCGUUUAUACACGGAAGCCUGGGACAAAGACAAGACCCAGAUCCACAUCGCACCGGAUACACCAGAAAUUACGCUGGCAAGAGUGAACAAAAUCAACUACAGUCAGAGUCUGUAUAAACUCGCCAACGAAGAAGCAAAGAAGAAAGGCUACGACUUGCGAAGUGAUGCCAUACCGAUUGUGGCAGCCAAGGCCUCCAGGGACAUCAUCAGUGAUUACAAAUACAAAGAUGGUUACCGCAAGCAGCUUGGCCAUCACAUUGGAGCCCGGGACGUGAAGGAUGACCCGAAGAUGAUGUGGUCCAUGCAUGUGGCCAAGAUCCAGAGUGACAGGGAGUACAAGAAGGACUUUGAGAAGUGGAAGACCAAGUUCAGCAGCCCAGUGGACAUGCUGGGGGUGGUGCAGGCCAAGAACUGCCAGGCCUUGGUCAGUGACAUAGACUACAAGAACUACCUGCACCAGUGGACCUGCCUGCCUGACCAGAGUGAUGUCACCCAUGCUCGACAAGCCUAUGACCUCCAGAGUGAUAAUUUGUACAAGGCCGACCUUCAGUGGCUCAAAGGCAUUGGCUGGUUUCCUAGUGGCUCUCUUGAGGAUGAGAGGAACAAGAGAGCUACCCAGAUUUUGAGUGACCACGUUUACCGUCAGCACCCAGAUAAAUUCACAUUUUCCAGCCUUAUGGAUUCCAUCCCAAUGGUUUUGGCAAAAAACAACGCUAUUACCAUGAACCACCAUCUCUAUACAGAAGCUUGGGAUAAAGAUAAAACCACUGUCCACAUUAUGCCAGACACCCCUGAAGUUUUACUUGCUAAACAAAACAAAAUAAAUUACAGUGAGAAACACUAUAAACUUGGCCUAGAAGAAGCCAAGAAGAAAGGCUAUGAUAUGCGGAUAGAUGCCAUUCCCAUCAGGAUGGCCAAGGCCUCCAGAGACAUUGCAAGUGAA